UUUGAACGUUAUCUGAAAUUCUAGGGUCUGAGUUUAAAAGGAGACGGAAGAAAUAUCAAUAUAUGAUUCCUGGGGAUGCGCUUGGAUCUUAAAAUGUCAUUUAUUUGAAGAUUAUUUGGGCCGGUGUAGGGACGUUUACGAGAUUCGUAGUUUGCUCUUAGGAGAGCAGCUACCCGUAGAGAGAAUGUGACGUCGUUGUUAUUAUUAUUUUGAUUGCUGAGUUAUGGGAGACGGUGCAGGGUUUUUUGUUUAUCGGAAGCCUAGAAAGGACUUGGAAUUUUCCCUCAACCAUUUGGAUAUAGUUGUAGGGUUUUUUUUUAAAUAUCGUUUUGUUUUUUGAACCAUGGUACAGAAUUAUGUGAAAUAACCUAGCUUCAGAAGGGAAAAUUUGUCAGUUUUUAUAUACCGUUUUUCAUUUAAAGGACCGAAUGUGAAUAACUAGUUCAAAUGGUAGGUUUCUUUUUCAUGAAGUUAUUUUCUUAUGUCAAGUAGUUGAAAUGUAACCGUCAGGGUCUGAAGGCGUGGCUCAGCAGUUAAGAUCAUUGGCUCUUCCAGAGGACCUGGUUGCAUUCUCAGUAUCCACGUGUGUCGCAGUAUCACAGCCGUCUCCAACUGCAGUUCCUGGGGACCCAGCAUCUUCUUCUGGCCUCCUCAGGCACCAGGAACUAUGAAUGGGAGGGCUGAUUUUCGAGAACCGAAUACAGAAGUUCCAAGACCAAUUCCCCACAUAGGGGCUGAUUACAUUCCGACAGAGGAAGAGCGGAGAGUCUUUGCAGAGUGCAAUGAAGAAAGCUUCUGGUUCCGAUCUGUGCCUUUGGCUGCCACAAGUAUGUUGAUUACUCAAGGAUUAAUUAGUAAAGGAAUCCUGUCAAGUCAUCCAAAAUAUGGCUCCAUUCCUAAACUUAUAUUUGCGUGUAUCAUGGGAUACUUUGCUGGAAAACUUUCUUAUGUGAAAACUUGCCAAGAAAAGUUCAAGAAUCUUGAAAACUCCCCUCUUGGAGAAGCUCUGCGGUCAGGCCAAGCAAGGCGCUCUUCCCCACCUGGGCACUAUGCUCAAAAGUCAAAAUAUGACUCAAAUGUGAGUGGUCAGUCUUUUGUGACAUCUCCAGCAGCAGACAACAUAGACAAGGAGACACUUCCUCGUUAUGAGCCAAUUCCAUUUAGUGCUUCUAUGAAUGAAUCCACUCCCACUGGUAUUACUGACCAUAUUGCCCAAGGACCUGAUCCCAACUUUGAAGAAAGUCCCAAAAGAAAAAGUAUUACAUAUGAGGAAUUAAGGAGUAAGAACAGAGAGUCAUAUGAAGUAACUUUAACACACAAGACUGACCCCUCAGUCAGGCCUAUGCAGGAAAGAGUGCCCAAAAAAGAAGUCAAAGUAAACAAAUAUGGAGAUACUUGGGAUGAGUGAAAAACUCCGUCAUUGGACCUACUGAAGGCCUUCCGUAUCCGGCUUCAUCCAGGUGGUUGCCCAUACCUGCGUGCUUGGACUCAGCAGCAGUCUUCAUAAACACAUUUAAAACAAAACUCUGGUUUUUGUGGCUUAACAUAUGAUGCUUUACAAACACAGAUUUUAGUGUUUACUGUUGUGCAAAUGUACUGAUGCAGGACACUCAGAAUGAUGGUAUUAUGAGGUGGUUGUGUAUACUUGGUGAAACUGUUUUCAGUUACAGGGAGAAGAGACUCGUGAAACUCGACUGUGACUCUAGAGAAACCUACAUGAGAAUAAAUGAUAGUGCAUGUUGAAAGGGGUGGGUGGGGGGAGCAAGCACACGCCUGGGGUCCAGCUUUCCAUCAGUCAUUAAAGGCCUUCUGCAUUUGCUGUAGCAUCUUAAUGUUUAUGGUGAAUAAAAUGUAAAAGCAGCA